AUGGCUCUCUGCCUUUUCUCACUCGAGUUUCUCGUCUCGCUACUAGGGACCAUAGUGUAUUUUGGUCGUGAAACAUUUGCGGGAGCGAAACACUUCAACGCCGCAAAAGAUCUAACGACAUGGAGUAUUUUGAAAUAUAAACAGAGAACGUGGGAGAAAGGCAAAGCAAGUCGCCUGAGUGAAAAUAUUCGUCACCACUUGCUAUGUAGUCGGCCAGAAAACCAAGAAGCACGCAUGGCCAGGCUCGGCAUGUCGGGUAUCUUUUCGGAUGAGACCUACGAUCGUGUGCAGGACCUCACCUAG